GGCUCCCGUGUGUGUGUCUGUGUAUGUGAGACGCUGCCAGGCCAGUGUUUCCCACCCGCUGGAGGUUGUGUGUCUUUCCAGCUCCACAGUCAUAUGACAGAGCGCACUUCCUGCGGACUCUCCGCGCGCGCACACACACACACACACGCAGACAGACACGGACACACACAAAGAGAGACUUGGUUACGGUCCCGCUGCCGCUCCCGUCGGACCGCACGAUGUUAGCGCUCAUCAACCGGCUGCUGGACUGGUUCAGGUCGCUCUUCUGGAAGGAGGAGAUGGAGCUCACCCUGGUGGGGCUGCAGUACUCCGGCAAGACCACCUUCGUCAACGUCAUAGCCUCUGGCCAGUUCAGCGAGGACAUGAUCCCAACAGUCGGUUUCAACAUGAGAAAGGUCACUAAGGGCAAUGUUACAAUUAAGAUCUGGGAUAUAGGGGGGCAGCCGAGGUUCAGGAGCAUGUGGGAGCGGUACUGUCGAGGUGUCAAUGCCAUAGUUUACAUGGUGGACGCAGCUGACCGUGAGAAGGUGGAACCUUCCCGAAACGAGCUACACAAUCUGUUAGACAAGCCACAGUUACAAGGAAUCCCUGUGCUUGUGCUUGGCAACAAGAGAGAUCUUCCAAAUGCUUUGGAUGAAAAGGAGCUUAUUGAAAAAAUGAAUUUGUCAGCUAUUCAGGACAGGGAAAUUUGCUGCUAUUCCAUUUCCUGCAAGGAGAAGGACAACAUAGAUAUCACAUUGCAGUGGCUCAUACAGCACUCAAAGUCUCGGAGGAGCUGAAAGUCCAGAUUCUGUUUCCUGAUUCCGUCUGCUGUAUCAGUCCCACGCGUCAUCCUGCUCACGCCGCGAGGUCCUACCGCGGUCUGGCUUCCUCGCAGCAGUGUUUCCCACAGCGUUGUUCUUAAUGCAGCCCCCUUGCUCCACCCCC